AUGCGGCCCAUCGGCAGGGAGGAAUUUUGUGAGAUUUGUCAGCGCCGUGAAACCAAACGUGAAACUCUGGAAGCCGCAAAGGAUUCGCCUCACACUCGGCAACGAACCGACCUGAACAGGCCGAGGAUUUGCGAGAGGCUGAGCCAAGAGGUGCGCGAUGCCACCAUCGGAGCUGUCUCGGUCUAUCACCAGCUCCCAGAGAGCCAAGGAAGGGCCCUGAACAAUGCUGUCCGCUGUGCCACAAUACAGUUGGUGGAAGGGAUGAUUCAGCUCGUAGAGGUUAUCCUUCGGACCCCCCAGGAGAGUCUGUCUCAGGAGCAGCUUAUCUCAACCGGAGGCGUCUGGGAGGCCUGCGACCGGGUUUCCUGCCUGCCUCAUGACAACCUGGCAGCCGUCACGUUGGCCAUUUCCUCCUGCCUGGAACUUAUCAAGGAUGCCUUGGAGGAGAUGGAGCAGAUGGAGGCGGAGGGAGGGGCUUCUCCCGGUGACCCUCUGGAGGACGAACUGCUGGGCUCCCCAGGGAACGCCGGCUUCGCUUGGACAGAUGCUGAACGGCAGCUGCUGGGCCCCUGCAAGGGGCUGGUGAAGGCCACCAAGGCUGGGCUGAGGAAACUGCUGGCGGCCAUGAGAAGCCACGGCGGAGCAGACACGGAGGAGCAGGUGGCUCAACUGGAUGCCCUGGCCGAGGCUGCGGCUGAGCUCAGCCCCAGUGUGGACGAACUGGUGCUCAGCCUCUGCCCGCCCGUGAACCAGCUCGCUCUGCGGCUGAACGCUGGGAAACUGGCUUCGGUGCUAAUGAAGAUGCUGGAAACCACCAGGACGAGCCACGUCUGCCCUCCCUCCGAAGAGAGCUGGGUGCGGUUCCUGGCUGGAGCAGUGGACCACAACCUAGGCAAGAUCAAGGACUCCACCCAAGGCCUGCUGCGAGACCCUGGCCCAGCAGGGGAGGGUCGGUGCACGAGCGACACCCGGCCGAAGGAGCAGCCGUAGCGCUUUGGCCUCGACUGUGGGCAGUAAAGGACCCUUGGCCUCUUUGCCAGAAGCUCGGAACGCUUGCAGCCUGCUCAUUUUUUCUACCACAAGCCCACACACGCUCACGGCUCUGGUUCCAGAGAGACUCUGACCCGGGGCACAGAGGCCGUGACCUGUGUGGGGAGGGCGGGGUACGUGCAGAGGACCCAGUUCCCAGGUUUCCUGCCCCACCCUCCCACUCCCUCCUUUCUAGCCGGCCAGCGGUAGCUGCCGAGUGGGGUGGUCAGUUGUGGCUCUGGCCCACCAGAGUACAUGGAUGACUCCCCGCUGGUCUGUUCCUUGUGGGGGGCUGCCCUUGCUAGGCGGCUCCCCGGGAAAGGCAGCCCCCAGGGGCCAGGAGAGGGCAAUCCAGGCGUAGGUUGAACCUUCUGCAGCCCCGGCCACAGGGGAGGGUCCGUGGGGAAGGGUUGCCUCUGCCAAGGGUGUUCCUGGGUUAAGGUUAUGCCCCCCUUGAGCUCCACUGCAGGAUCCGCUGCACCCAAAGAGAGGCCACUCGGGGCAGCUGUUGUGCGGGCCCCCCUCCCUUUACUCCUGAGCUGCUUUGACAUCUGAUGCAUUGUAACAGACGCCUUCUGCAUUGGGCAUGAAGCCUAAGAUAAAGUGCAGCCCCUUGACCCCUCA